UCAUCCCAAAACUUCGCGGCUUUUAAACAUGAAGUUCUUCCUCUAUGUUUGCCUAUUGCUGUGUGUGGCUUUAAGCGAAGUUAGUGGUAACUGCUCAGGAAAAUGUCCCGAUACGGAGGAAGUUGUUUGGGCUCUUGGAGGUGGUUGCAAUGUUUUCCGGAAUAAAUGCUAUCUCGACAAGGAGAACUGCCACCGAAAGCCAGCUUUGACCAUAACGACAAAGGACGAGUGUCAAAAGCAAUGCGCCGACUUUUGUACAGCUAUUUACCAGCCAACAAGUGGAACUUACAACGGCAAAGUCCUAAACUUUGGCAACGAGUGUGAAAAGCGAGCUCACACCUGUCGCACUGGCGAGACCUUUUUGUAAGCUACGCAGAAUGUUUUAAACGUGAACGAAAA